AUGUUCAAGUACGCUGUCGUUGCUUUCGCCGUGUUCGCUGCCACCGAAGCAUUCUUGUUCGGAGGCUCCGGAGGAGGAGGGUGUGGAUGUGCUCCACCUCCACCACCACCACCAUGUGGAUGUGCUCCUCCUCCCCCACCACCGCCACCUCCAGCUCCUUGCGGAGCUGCACCAGUUGGAUGCGGAGCAGCUCCUGCACCUGCGGGAUAUGCACAAGCCCCUCCUCCACUUCCAUUCCCGGCUCCAGCUCCAGCACCGUUCCCUGUUCCUGCUCCAGCACCGUUCCCUGCUCCAGCUCCAGGACCAUUCCCUGGUCCAGCUCCAGGACCAUUCCCUGGUCCAGCUCCAGGACCAUUCCCUGCUCCUGCUCCAGGACCUUUCUCAAGCUACGCUGCUCCAGUCCACGCCUCAGCUCCAUUUGUCGCAGGUGGCCCAGCCGGCGGUGCUUAUGCUGGACCUGAAAUCCACUCUGCUCGUAUGUUUCCACUGGCUUUUCAAGACUUCAUUAAAGUUCAAAUCACCGUAUUGCCCAUAUAA